AUGGGGGGACAGAGUUGUCUUACCUUUGAGCCGACAAAAGAGGUGGAAACAGCACCGAAACGACAUCUGUGUGAAAGGGACGGCCAGCAGCAUGUGAUCAUGAGCAGGACAGGGGACUUUGUGGCGGCUCUGUGCUGUGACCAGUCUGUAGAGAGUGCUUAUGAUUUAAAAGCAGCAUUACACUCUUUGAGAUCUAUCACUGCGUUAUUGACACGAUGCUUUUGUUUGUGUUUAGGUGAGCUGCGGGUGCAGAAUAAUGACAACCUGGUCCACGCACUGAUCACCUGCGAGGGCGGUGUGACAGGUAGCGCAGAGGCUAAUGCCUUCAGCGUGCUGCAAAGGAUCCUGGGAGCUGGGCCACAUGUAAAGAGAGGCUCCAACAUCACCAGCAAACUGAGCCAGGGUAUUGCCAAAGCCACCACACAGCCCUUUGAUGCCACAGCCUUCAAUGCCUCAUACUCCGACUCCGGCCUAUUUGGCGUCUAUACCAUCGCACAAGCAGACUCUGCAGGAGAGGUGAUCAAAGCUGCCAUUGCUCAGGUGAGAGGUGUAGCUGAGGGAAAUGCGUCAGAGGCUGACGUCACCAGAGCAAAGAAUCAGGUGAAAUCAGAGUACCUGAUGUCAAUAGAGAGCACUGAGGGACUGAUGGAGGAGAUCGGUGCUCAGGCUCUGACCACUGCAGCGUACCAGCUCCCUGACGCUGUUCUCCAGGCUAUAGACGCUGUUACCCAGGACGAUGUGGUCAAGGCUGCAAAAAAAUUUGUGGAUGGCAAAAAGACCAUGGCAGCAAGCGGACAUCUGGUGAAUACACCGUUUGUGGACGAAGUAUGAACAUAAAAAUAUGAGAUCGGUUGAUUUUAACUCGGGCGUGCUGCGCCUGGCUGCUUAAAAAGGAAAGAGGACCUCAAAGCCACAGCCUCCUGCAAGAAUUCAUUUGAUGUCACCAAUCAUUUGUAGUCUGUACCGCAGUAUGUGUAAACACCAACAGGGAGCCGAAGAAUCAUAAUGCAAAUUCUCUUUUGUUUUUUUGUUGUCAAUUUAACUGUAUAUCUAUGUAAAUUAAAGAUCAUAAUAACCA